CGCCGCCACCACCGCCGCCGCCGCUCGUUCACCCAAUGUUGUGUUUAUAGUAGUCGGCGCGCGUACCGUAGUGUGUCGUUCGACGCUGUGUUUUAACGUCCGCCACCGUUCCACCGACGAGUGUCGCAUUCGCGGCGCGAUUUAAUAAUUAUAUAUAUACCAUUAUAAUAUAUGCCAGAUUGUUUUUGAUUUCUUUUUUCGGUCUAAUCAAAAACGACGAAGAGUCGACUUUUUACGGUCCUAUACGUAUUUUUUUUUUGUUAAUUUUUUUUUUGCCGGGAAAAGUACACCAUCGCAUCCGUCCGACUCGAGUGCCGCUCGAGGAAUAAUAAAAGCCUGCAGACUUAUUACACGUAAGACGCAUACUACGCCGAGCGCGUCUUAGCCGUCGUCGUAUCUUUCGCGUGUCACCCACACGCGGUAAUAUCGACCGGCUGCGGUGAUGUGCACGUUGUCGUUACCGCCGUCGCCGUCGCUCGAUCAGUCCCCGACCCCGACAACGGCAACGACCGCCGUCGACGCGACAACCGCAGCGCGAUCAUUAUAAGACUGCGGCGGUGUAACGCAGACGCGUCGUAUUAUUGUUGUACACGUCGCAUCGAGAGCCCUCCGAUCCAGACGCCAGCCGCCGCGGUAUACAUAUAGACGGACGGACAGCAGGAGGACUGCUGCAGGUUGUCGCACAUAUAGCGGAAGCAAACGCGGGAUCGUCGCCGCCACCGCCGUCGCAGACCGACGACCGUUCGCAGACAUGGGUUGUUUCGGUAGCAAAGACAAGUUGUCCAAAGAGGACAUGGACUUCUUAAAAUCCCACACGAGAUACGACGAAGCGACCAUUAAAGAGUGGUACAAAGGUUUCAAACAAGACUGUCCAAACGGCCGUUUAACACCAGCAAAAUUUGUGGACAUGUACAAAAUGUUCUUUCCAAGCGGUAAUGCCGAAGAAUUCUGCGAUCACGUAUUUCGGACUUUUGAUAUGGACAAAAAUGGUUACAUAGACUUUAAAGAGUUUCUAUUAGCCAUAGACGUCACGUCGUCCGGCACACCGGAGGAAAAACUAAAAUGGGCAUUCAGAAUGUAUGACGUGGACGGCAACGGAGUCAUCGAUAUUCAAGAGAUGACGAAAAUCGUUCAGGCCAUCUACGAUAUGUUGGGUGCGUGUUCAUCUAACCGUCCAGCUGACUCGGCAGAAGAUCGGGCUAAAAAUAUAUUCGCCAAAAUGGAUGAGAAUAACGACGGACAGCUGACCCAGGACGAAUUCCUUAAAGGCUGUCUACAGGACGAAGAACUAUCCAAGAUGCUAGCGCCAUAACCACUGCCCCGGCUGGCGUGAAAGCCCAAUAUAAUAUUAUAUUUCGCCGCAUUUUUUUGUAUAUCUUUUUCUCUCGCCCCGUAGGGUACGCCUUUGUCGGUGCCAAAAAAAAAAAAAAAAAAAAACAAGUCAACCCGUUUUUUCUAAAAAAAAAUUGAAUCCAAAAAAAAAAACAAAAAAUUUAAAAAAAAAAACCAAUUGUUUUCUUAUGGUUAUAUUUUCUCUAAUAGGGUAAUUUAUCUACGGUAUUACAUAUGAUUUUAAUGCGCAGGUUGCCAGGUGGUACGCGUUUUACAUCUCGAGGGGUGUCCGCCCCAUUUCUUCUUGGGUCGAUUUGCGUAGUAUGGCGUAGUAUAAACACAUCGGCAAACCUCCGAGGCCUUUUUCCGAGUAACGAUUUCCCGAAUCUCAAGUUAGCUUCCACUUCACCUGGUGACUUAUUUGUGUAAAUAAUUUUCUGCACAUUCCCAUUUAUAUUAUUGUUUGUUUCUUUUUUAUUAUUAUUAUUAUAAUUACGACGGAGACUCAAUUGAACUCUGUUAACCUGCGAUGUUUUCAUCUGAAACAGGUUUCAAUCAGUGCAAAGUAAAGCUCAAAAAUGAAAAAAAAAUAUUACAAAACUCGAUUACGUUCACCGGAAUUGAAAACUCCGUAAAAAAAAAAAAAAACAAAAACCAUUUUCGGGGUCUCAUUUUUAUAGUUUUACUUCAAUAAUAAUGCUAUUAAGGUAAUUGGCUGUAAGAAAACAUACAAAAAAAAUAUAUAUAAUAAAAAGGAAAAACCUUGGCUUAUAAUGGGGUUUCCAAACAACGUCGGGUUCAAAAAUCGUGUCAUCGAGCGAACCAUUCGUGUAUUAAAACUGUCGGGAACUUUAUGUUCAGAAAUCAAAAAUCCUGCACAAAUAUAAUAAUCAUGCGACGAAAUCGUAUUUUAUUAUUAUUGAUUACCUUUGGCUAGUUCAUUAAGCCGCUUGUAAUUUUAAGAUACAUUCUCUUGGACCAAUAUAUUUAUAUUAUCUAAUCACAUUAAUUUAUAACUUAAUUUCUUAUCUAUUUUUUUCGUCGAUGGUGCACAUUAUAUUGUUGGAUUCCAUUAGCAAUAAAUCGCAACCAAAGUGUCUGUUACCAAAUUAUGAUAUACGUUUACUUUUUAUAUUUAUAAUUAUUAUUUGAUUAAACAUAUUAUUAUUAUUAUUAUUAUUAUUAUUGUUAUCAUUUCUAUACCUGUUACUUCAUUUAAAUCAUGCAUAUAAUAUUAUGUGAUGUGUAUGUUAUUAUAGUGUACGGCCAAAUAUUAAACCAUAAAUUUUCAUGUUAUAUUCAAUUUAAUUACUUUUAAAAUACGCGAUUAUAAGUGUGAAACGCUUUGUUUUUUUUUUUUACGAAAAAGGAUACUUAAUGUUUACGG